AUGGGCACAUAUGAGCUGGUGGAACUUCCUAAGGGACGAAAGGAAUUGAGAAACAAAUGGGUGGUGGAGAAGGACUUAGAAGGAGCAAUAGUAUGGUUUUGGAAGGUAAUAAAUGAAGGAGACAAAGUGGAAAGUGCACUAAAAGAUAUGGCAGUUGUGAUGAAUCAAUUGGAUCGAACUGAAGAAGCCAUUGAAGCUGUAAAGUCCUUUAGACUUCUUUGCCCCAAACAAUCCCAACAUUCAAUUGGCAAUGUCCUCAUUGAUUUGUACAAGAAAUGUGGGAAAGUUGAUGAGCAAAUAGCCAUGUUGAGACAUAAACAUAGGAUGAUUUAUAAUGGUGAGACUUUCAAUGGAAAACCCACAAAAUCUGCUAAAUCUCAUGGCAAGAGAAUUCAGGUUUCAGUCAAGCAAGAGACUUCAAGAUUAUUGGGAAAUUUAGGAUGGGCAUACAUGCAAAAAGGGAAUUACAUAGUAGCUGAGGUUGUGUACAAGAAAACCCAGAUGGUUGAUCCUGAUUCCAGUAAGGCAUGCAUCUUGGCUCAUUGCUUGAUCAAGAAAGCGCGGUUUGACGAAGCUCGGUCCAUUCUUGAAGAUGUUGUCAUUGGAAGGUUGGCUGGUAGUGAUUUAAUCAAGAUUAGAAGUCGGGCUGAGGAGUUGCUGUUGGAGAUCGAUUCGGCUCAAGCCACGGAUUUGUUGACUAGCGAAUUGGGCUUUGUAGGUGGAGAUAUAGUUGAUAAGUACUCUGCGAGUUUCAGGUGGAGGCGGCUUCCUAUCUUUGAGGAGAUCUCCCCAUUAAGAGAUCAACUAGCUUGUGUAUUUUUAAAGAGUGUAGAUGGGAAUUAA